UCAGAUGGCGCUGAAAAUCGUGCUUUUUUUUUUCUCUAGAAAAGAAAUUUGUUGAGUUUCUAUACUUGUCACUUGUCAUUGCCUGGUAAUUGUAUAUUAGUAUAUUGUAUUGCGUUUUCUGUUCAUUGUGCUGUAGAAUUGUCUCGGUAAGGAGCAAUACAAAGAAAGACGUGUUAUGUGACAUUUUAUGCGUCGGACGCGUGCAUUUGCGAUUUGCGAUAAAUGGCUAACUCGCAGGACGUAAUCGACUGGGAAGAUCUGAGGAAACAAGCGAGACAUCUGGAAAACGAAAUUGAUGCAAAGUUAGUGGCAUUCAGUAAAUUGGGUAUAAAUACAAGUGCUAGACAUGUUAACGCAGAUGAGAUUCCUCUUCUGGAUGAGGAACAAGUAUUUGAGAACAUGGCAUCAGAGAUAGAGACACUACUUUCCAAAUUACUGUUCAUAAAUGAGAGGAUGAGCGAAUUACAACCAAAUGGAGCAGCUAUGUUGCAUACAAUGCAACGUCAUAAAGAGAUAUUGAAAGAUUAUAAACUGGAAUUUAACAAGAUUAGAAAUAAUUUUAUAGCUAGGAAAGAUCGCGAGGAUCUGCUAGGCAGCGUUCGUAAAGAAAUAGACAACUAUAAAAGUGCGAGUGGAUUGAAUCGGCGUGAAAUGUACCUCAAAGAAAACCAGCAUAUUCACGACUCCGAUCGAUUGAUCAAUGAUCAAAUAAGCAUAGCCAUGGAGACGCGAGAUCAUCUGAUGUCUCAGAGACAGGCGUUUAAACGUAUACGAACCAAAUUCAAUGAUAUCUCCAAUCGAUUUCCAGCAGUGAACAGUUUACUGCAAAGGAUAAAUUUACGUAAGAGAAGAGAUUCCGUUAUACUCGGCCUCGUUAUCGGAGUUUGCACAUUCUUGAUGCUUUUAUAUGCGUUUCAUUAGACAAGUUCAUACGGACAUCAAAAAAACCUUCCAUUGCCUCCAGGUAACAAUUAUCUCAGUGGAAUAUACAUACAUGUAACAAUCAUUUCAGUGGGAAUAUACAUAUACUUUAAGAGGUAUUAUUGAAUUUAAUAAAUAUGUGGGAAUCUUAGUAUAUAUAGAGUAUGCAAUUGUAUAUCGCGAAAAAGUAUAAAACCAGCGUGCGAAGAAAGUUCAUGUGUAUAGUUUUUUUAUACUGAAGUGUGCAAAACAUGGAAUAUGCGAUACAAGUAGAACUCUAAUCUAUAUUCGACACAUUAAGCUAAUAAAUGUUAAAAUAUGUAAUCUUUGUUCUUAAUUGCACUUUUUAAUUAUUUAGAUUUAGUUACUUUAUCGAUUUUCUUUAAAUAGGAAAAAGAUGCACUAUCAUGCUUUAUUUACAUCUUUUUUGACGAUUAACUUUUUUUCUUUAUGAAAAACUAGGACUACCUUCAAUAAAGUGACUUGUACAAUUUGCAAUAAAAUUAUUAUAUUUCAUAUCUAUAUAAACCAAUAUUUUCUUUUACUCUGCACAUUGUGUAACACAUCUUUGAAGAACAAAAGAGAAUCAAAAUUAUCACAACAGGGUUUUCGUAAAAGGAAAAUUGCAUAUGUUGAUCGAUUUAACGAUAUAGAAUAGUCACCUUAAAAAAAAAAAUUUUUUCAGACAUGAAAGAUGGAUAUCAUUUUGAAUAAGAAUUAUUGGUUUUACGUACACAGAAACAUUUAUACAUAUGCAUAUAUACACGUAGCACACUCAUUCGAUUUGUCAUCCAUGAAAGGAAACACAGCACAUUACAAAAAGAAUAAUUAUUUUACUAGAAAGCGCGACGCCUGUUUCCACGUAUACUAGAUACCACAUUUAUAAAUCGCGCCUGCAAAGAUAGGAACUCAAGCGAGAUAAUUGUAAAAAAUGUCAAAUACAAAACAGUAUCUCUUCUACGUCCUACAAAAAAAGUUUUGUUUUACAAUCUUCAAUAUGUACAUUUCGCAUUUAAUUUUAUUAGCAUAUAAUCACGUCGUAAAGUUUCGCUGCCGAAUUCAUUAUCAUCUAUAUCGACAAUCGCAUCUUCGAAUCGAGCUCUGAAUUGAAUGACAUGAUUAACAUUUUCAAAUAACACAUCUAACUCUAUGAUCUCGAUAUUUUGUUAAAGUAAUGUAAUAUAAUAAUUAAUAUCACGUAUUACAAAUACUUGAUAACGGCUAAAGGAAUUAAACCUAUGAUAUAAAUGUCGCUAAAAUAUUGCAUUCUCCUUUUCUUUUAAUUAUCGCGAAAAAAAAUUAUCAUAGAUCAAGGGGAUGUAUAUUAUAAUAUUUUAUAUAUAGAUAUAUACAUAUAUAUAUACAUAUACAGAUACAUAUAAAAUAUUGUACGAUCAAAUGUAUAUUACUUUUCUUUUUAGCUUCCUUAUAGAUGCAAUAUGUAGUUAUCUGUAUAGAUAUAAGUUUCUAUUGUUGCAUAUUACGGCGAGAAACCGUGGAAACAGGUGAAUGACGAUGAAUAUCUCGUUCUCUCAUCAGACUCAGUAUUAUGCGCCUACGCUCUUAAAAAUUAGAUCACUAAAAUGAGAAUUCUAAUCACAAAUUGAUUCUAACAACUGUUUCGACACAACUCUACGCUCUAAAAGUAUGCAUCUUGUAGUUCUAUCAUAUUAUUAGAGAAGGUGGAUAUAUCGCGAGGCCUAUAUCAUUACUAGUUCUUCCUCGAAACUUCGCAUUUGUUCAAAACUUAUUCAGACGUACAAACAGACAUCUACAUACAUUCAGUGUACAUACAGGCCGCACUGGUUACUAGUAUAUGCAUUUAAAUGUAAAUAUAUCGGCUGCAUACGUUACUUCGAUCUAAUUCUUUUUCUUUUUUUUCCCCUUUGUUUUAAGGCUAACUAGUUAUAGGUAGAGAUCGUCGAGAGACGAGGCAUCGUCUUGAACAAUUUCUGAAAAUAUCUCGUUAAAGCUACGCUAUCAAUUAAAAUAUACAGCAUCGCAGAAGUAUCGUACAUCUUUACGUUUUAUUUCAAGUUCGGUAAAUUUCAGUAAAAUUUCACACGAAAAAAUAUAUAAAAUCAAAAGUUCAAACAAAGGAAAAAGUACUCAAUUUGUCUAUAUUAGAAAAAUAAAAUUUUAUAUUUUGUG